CUUGCGAUCCCAGGGGCCCGUGGCCGGGUCCGGUGUAGGCGGAUCGACCCGCACUUGCCGCCACCGCUCCUUGAGACCUGAGCAGCCGGGGAGUUGUCAGAUGUGUCAGAGAACUGGGGAGUGGAGACGGCGCUGACCACAGGGAGGGACCAGCACUCCCAGGCCUGAGCACCGCAGGGGAGCGUGCGCCCUGGUGCUGGAGGAGGGGCCGCUGCGGAUCCUGUUCUCUGCUGUUACCUCCAGCGGCCGUCUCGGCAUGGAAGGUCGUGCCGGCCUCACGUCCACCCCCGCCGCACUACCGUACUUCGUGGCCUUCUCCCAGCUGCUGGGCCUGACCUUGGUGGCUGUGACGGGUGCUUGGCUGGGUCUGUACCGAGGUGGCAUUGCCUGGGAAAGUACCCUGCAGUUCAAUGUGCACCCGCUCUGCAUGGUCAUGGGCAUGAUCUUCCUGCAGGGAGAUGCCCUGCUGGUGUACCGCGUGUUCAGGAAAGAGGCCAAACGGACCACCAAGGUCCUGCACGGGUUACUGCAUGUCUUUGCCUUCAUCAUCGCGCUGGUGGGCUUGGUGGCCGUGUUUGACUAUCACAAGAAGAUGGGCUAUGCCGACCUGUACAGCCUGCACAGCUGGUGCGGGAUCCUCGUCUUCGUCCUUUACUUUGCUCAGUGGCUGGCGGGCUUCGGCCUCUUCCUCUUCCCCGGAGCCUCGCUCUCCCUGCGGAGCCGCUACCGCUCUCUGCACGUCUUCGUCGGAGCCGCCGUCUUCCUCCUGUCGGUGGGCACCGCGCUGCUGGGCCUCAAGGAGGCGCUGCUGUUUAAGCUCGGGGUCAAGUACAGCACGUUUGAGCCCGAGGGGGUCCUGGCCAACGCGCUCGGCCUGCUGCUGCUCUGCUUCGGCGUGGCCGUGCUCUUCCUCCUGGCUCGAGCCGACUGGAAACGGCCUCCCCAGGCUGAAGAGCAGGCCCUGUCCAUGGACUUCAAGACGCUGACCGAGGGAGACAGCCCCGGCUCCCAGUGACAGCCUCCCCGUGCUGCAGGCGGCUGGUGUGGGCGCCCCGGGUUCCGUGGGCUCCCAGAUGCCUCUCUGCUCAGCCCUGCCGAGGCAGAGCGGAGAGUGGUGGUGGCUGCGUGCACUUUAGUAGGUCCCGGGUUUGAGCUUGUCCGCUGCUGCCCCUUCCCUGCCGCGCUUCGCAUGUGCCCGACGGCCUGGCCGUGCCCCGCUGCCCGCCCCACCAGCGGCGCUCUGGGGUCAGCCUGGCCCCAGGUCCCCCGAGGAGCUGGAGAGUGGUUCCACCCUCAAGGCAGCAGAUGCCUGUGGUGGGGCCAGAGAAACUACCACCCCAGGGACAGCCCUGGAAGAGCCAAGAGCGCAGCUGUGUGUAGUCAAGAAUUCAAACCAGGAGUCCCAGCAGCCGGCAGAGCACGUGUCCCUGGCACUGGAGCUAGUGAUAUUAUGAGUAAAGUAUGUUGGUGUUCAGAGCAGGGCUCCCAAGGAGAGGGCGUGGAAUUGGCCCCAGGAAGGACUGCAGUGUGGCUUUGGCCCAGCUACCAUCUUGGACCUUCCUGUUCCUUCACCCGUGAACCCCGAGAUGGCUUUAUGGGAGAGGGGGUAGGUGCCAGGGACUUCAGACGCUCUUGCCCUGGUGCCUGAUGGUAGCCUGCUGGUGGUGAGGGUUCCUCCCUUUGGCACAGGCUGGCUGCACUGCACCUGUUUCCUCAGGCAGGGCCUAGGGGACUGAGCACCUUCUCCUGAAGGAGUCAUGCUUGUUUUUCUGGGACGUCUUGCUUGGCUACAGCAGCUCUGGACUACUGGGGCCCAUGUUUAAAGGACAGUGGGACUGAGGAAUGAGGUUGUCCCGUGGCGGCUGCCGUCUCUCCAACCCCUAGCCUGUGUGUUGUUAGCUGAGUCACUGUUUGGCUGUGGUCUAGAAAUAAUGUGAUUAGAGCAUUGACCUUGUGUAUCUUGGGCUUGGCAAACUGCUCUUUCCUUGUUUUCCUCAGUUUCUGGGCUUUGAAGGGCUUCACAGUUGUGACAGGCACAGUAACUUAGUGACGAAAUUUACACAGUUCUUUCAAAUGCUGCCUUAGAGCAAUAGGGCUGGCCUUCCCUGCUGGGUGUCUGGUAAGGGGUUGGUGUUGGGGGUCUUGCGUCUGGCGCGGUCUCUUCUCCCCGCAGUAGCUGGUCCAGCCCCUGUGCCUCUGCUGUCUUUCUAGAGAUGCCCGUCCCCACCCCCUGCCUGCUCACUGGCUCCUCUUCGUUUGCAAGGAUGUUCGCCUCCAAUUGUAAUUGUGUACUCGGCAAAGAGGGUCUUUCAGUUCUCGAUUCACCUGGCACACACUUGUGCAGCCAAAUGUUUACAUGUGGGAAACCCGUCCUUAUGAACUACCAAAGUGCCAUUGUGAACCUCCCUUGUCAGAAUAUACGGAGAAGUGGAACUUUAGAUUUGCAGUGAGUCUGUAAACUGAUCUUUUUGACAAAAUGCAUGUCGGAUGACUAAGGACCAAAGAGGCCCCAAGCAGAUGUGUGUGGUUCCUUCUGUUUGCCUGUGGCACCUCUUGUGAUGUACGGUGUGCUGCUGGUGCAACGGGUGAAUCAAUAAAAGUACAGUAGACUGCU